AUGUCACUGGAACCCCUCCCAGUAUUCGCGGCGCGCGCCACCGACGACCUAGAGCCCAUGGACCCGGAGCUCCUGAGCUUGAUCGCUGCCGACGACGCCGAAUCCAAUGUCUCGAUGGACGUCAAGAGCGAGCCCAUCGUCGACGACUUCACGCCGUUGAACCCGACCUCCACCCCGACGGCGGUGGACACGUUCAACCCGGGCUUCUCCAAGCUCGAGGUGGAGGACCUCAUGAACCUCCUCGCACCGGAGCCCCUCCCCAUUCCGAGGAUGGUUCGCAGCUACUCGGAGCCCAUCAAGAAGGUCACCAAGCGCACCAAGAAGUGCACCUACGCAGCUCGCAGGAGAGAGGUGGCGUUCCUCCGUCAGGAGUCGAUGGUGUUGGAGCAGCGUCUAAUGGACCUGCGCUGGAACCGCGCUGCGUCGACGCAAAGUCGCGUCCACGUGGCCCGUGAGAGCUUUGAGCUUGCCAAGGCUCAGCAAGAGAACAAGCGUCUUCGAGCUCUGGUCUCGAGCCAGGAGGCCAAGAUCCGCCAGGCGGAUGCCUACAUGGUCCGCUCCAACUAUAACCCGCUGCUGUCCCCGUAAGGUUGGGGAUAAAGCAGAGCGAACACCACCCGAGCAAAGGUGGCGUGUAUGCAUCAGCGGGACGAUCCGUGCUGCGUUUCGACCUAUUUUGUCGCCAGGUCGUAGCCACUCACCCGAGCGAAGGUUGGGUGUCAGCAUUUGGCAAGUUGAUCGUACAGAAGCUGCUGUUGAAUGUCAUAGUCUGUCGAGUGUCGUUCCUAAAUGUUUAUAAGACUGCAACUAUCACAUCA